AGGAAUCUAGGUAAAAACGGCCUGUCUAAUAGUAGCAUUCUGUUGGAUAAAUGUCCGCCUCCAAGACCACCAUCCUCACCAUACCCUCCCUUGCCAAAGGACAAGUUGAAUCCACCUACACCUAGUAUUUAUUUGGAAAAUAAACGUGAUGCUUUCUUUCCUCCAUUACAUCAAUUUUGUACAAACCCAAACAACCCUGUUACAGUAAUACGUGGCCUUGCUGGAGCUCUUAAAUUAGACUUGGGACUUUUCUCUACUAAAACUUUGGUGGAAGCUAACAAUGAACAUAUGGUAGAAGUGAGGACACAGUUGUUACAACCAGCAGAUGAAAAUUGGGACCCUACUGGAACCAAGAAAAUCUGGCACUGUGAAAGUAAUAGAUCUCAUACUACAAUUGCUAAAUAUGCUCAGUACCAGGCCUCCUCAUUCCAAGAAUCAUUGAGAGAAGAAAAUGAGAAAAGAAGUCACCAUAAAGACCACUCAGACAGUGAAUCUACAUCAUCAGAUAAUUCUGGGAAAAGAAGAAAAGGACCCUUUAAAACCAUUAAGUUUGGGACCAACAUUGACCUGUCUGAUGACAAAAAGUGGAAGUUACAGCUACAUGAGCUGACUAAACUUCCUGCCUUCGUGAGAGUUGUAUCUGCAGGAAAUCUUUUAAGCCACGUUGGUCAUACUAUACUGGGCAUGAACACAGUUCAACUAUACAUGAAAGUUCCAGGAAGCAGAACACCAGGUCAUCAAGAAAAUAACAACUUCUGUUCAGUUAAUAUAAAUAUUGGCCCAGGUGACUGUGAAUGGUUUGUUGUUCCUGAAGGCUACUGGGGUGUUUUGAAUGACUUCUGUGAAAAAAAUAAUUUGAAUUUCUUAAUGGGUUCUUGGUGGCCCAACCUUGAAGAUCUAUAUGAAGCAAAUGUUCCAGUGUAUAGGUUUAUUCAGCGACCUGGAGAUCUGGUCUGGAUAAAUGCUGGCACUGUUCAUUGGGUUCAAGCUAUUGGCUGGUGCAACAAUAUUGCUUGGAAUGUUGGUCCACUUACAGCCUGUCAGUAUAAGUUAGCAGUGGAACGUUAUGAAUGGAACAAGUUGCAAAAUGUAAAGUCAAUAGUACCCAUGGUUCAUCUUUCCUGGAAUAUGGCACGAAAUAUCAAGGUUUCAGAUCCAAAGCUUUUUGAAAUGAUUAAGUAUUGUCUUCUGAGAACGCUGAAGCAAUGUCAGACAUUGAGGGAAGCUCUAAUUGCUGCAGGAAAAGAGAUCAUAUGGCACGGGCGGACAAAAGAAGAACCAGCUCAUUAUUGUAGUAUUUGUGAGGUGGAGGUUUUUGAUCUGCUUUUUGUCACUAAUGAGAGUAAUUCUCGAAAAACCUACAUAGUACAUUGCCAAGAUUGUGCACGAAAAACAAGUGGGAAUCUGGAAAAUUUUGUGGUGCUAGAACAGUACAAAAUGGAGGAUCUGAUGCAAGUCUAUGACCAAUUUACAUUAGUAAGUGAAAUCAACAUGCUCCUCCAUUACCAUCCGCCUCAUCUUGAUAUUGUUCCAUGGACAUUAAACAUGAGACCUUUUCUGCUAUUCAGAAAGUAACCCAGUUCUGCACCACUGCUAUUUGUAGCUAUCUCGUAAGGCUGCUGGCUGAAAACUGUGUCUAUGCAACCUUCCAAGUGUGGAGUGUCAACCAACUGGACGGGAGAGUACUGCUCCUAUGCCAGGACUCUCGUAAAGCUAAUUAGCUGAACUUCAGAGAAAAAAAAAAGAAUAAUAAUUACCACGUUUUGUAUAUAUCUGACAAAACUGGCAACAUCAUAAAGACUACUGACUUGAAGACAACCUCUUUUAUAUUUCUCGAUUUCUGGGCUAAUGAAUUUGUUUUCACCUAUCUUUUCCCUUUCAGAAUUUUAUUCGGGGGGGAAAAUAACUAGCCUAGCUGGUCAUUUCUUUGUAAGGUAGUUAGCAAUAUUUAGUCUUUCUUUGGUCACCUUUUUUUUUUUAAUGUGAAAAGUUAAGUAAGAAACUUUUUUUACUGCUUUUAUGAAUUUCUGUCUUGUUUUGAAACUAUGAUCGUUAUAAUUUUGGUUCCCAAAUAAAACAUUUAAAAAAAAUAAUUAACAGCAACGUCACAAAGAUAAUGGAUUGCACAUAGACUAAGAAAUAAACUUCAGAAUUGUGAUUUUUUUUGUUUCUAAUCUUGAUGUAAAUUUACACUAUUUAUAAAUACAUAUUUAUUGCCUGAAAAUAUUUGUGAAUGGAAUGCUGUUAUUUUUUCCAGAUUUACCUGCCAUUGAAAUUUUAAGGAGUUCUGUAAUUUCAAACACUACUCCUAUUACAUUUUCUAUGUGUAAAUAAAACUGCUUAGCCUUGUACAGAAACUUUUAUUAAAAUUGUUUAAUGUUUAAAGAGUUUUCUAUUGUUUGAGUUUUAAAAAGAAUUUAUGUACAGUGCCCAAUUUUUGUUCACUUUUCAAAUCUGAUUAUAUAUAUUUUAUAUAUACUUAUGUCUGUAUAUAUAAUAUAUAUAGAAAUCUAGAUAUAUGUAUAAAGAUUUAGAAUUUGAAUUUUUCUUGUUUUAAGUUUCACAUCUAUGGUAGAUUUUUGAGGUGUCUACUGUAAAGUAUUGCUCACAAAAAGUAUGAUUAUUUUUAAAGAAAUAUAUAUGGUAUGUAUCUUCAAGA